ACCCCAAACCUUACUUCUUCAGUUAAAACUAUAACCUUUCUCUGCAACCCUAAAACCCUCCAAAAGUCUUCAACUUUGGUUGAUCAGCGACUAAUGAAAUUUCUCAACUUUCAGAUGUUUCUCUCUUCACCAUGAUCGAAUUCGUAACCUUUGCUUCAGCUGGGCUUGGAAUUUUGGUGAUUUCAGGACCUAAUUUCAGCUCAUUCUUGUAAUGUAUCUGAAAGAAGGAUGCUCCUUACUGCUAAAACUUCACAAACCCACAAGACCCUUUGUGCUCAGCACAAACCCAGUUCCCAGCUUAAACCCUAAACCCCGAAUUGAACCCACCCAAAUUCUCAAAGAGUCUGAUGUGUUGCAGAGGUUGAAGCAUGAGCCCCAAUUGGGUUUGGCAUUGGAAUAUUUCAGGUCCAUUGCCAACUCCAGAGCUUUCAAACACACCCAAUUGACCUACCAGGCCAUGAUUGAGAAGCUUGGGAGCCAAUGUGAAAUGGAUGGUGUGCAGUACUUGAUGCACCAAAUGAAAUUGGAGGGGGUUGGUUGCUCUGAGGAGUUGUUUAUAACUGUGGUGAAGUCUUAUAGGCGAGCUGGGUUGGCUGAGCAGGCAUUGAAGAUGUUCUAUAGGAUAAACGAAUUCGGGUGCAAACCCACUGUGAAGAUUUACAAUCACUUGUUGGAUGCAUUGCUUUGCGAGAAUAGGUUUCAGAUGAUAAAUCCCAUAUAUGGUAACAUGAAGAAAGAUGGGAUGGAGCCGAAUGUGUUUACGUAUAACAUUCUGUUGAAGGCAUUGUGUAAGAAUGAUAGGGUGGAUGGUGCACACAAGUUGCUUGUGGAAAUGUCUAAGAAGGGAUGUUGUCCCGACUCGGUGAGCUAUACGACUGUAGUGUCUGCAUUGUGUAGGCUUGGGAAGGUAGAUGAAGCGAGGGAGCUUGCUUGUAGAUUCGAACCCAAUGUGGCUGUUUAUAAUGCUUUGGUAAAUGGGUUGUGCAAGGAGUUCAAAUUUGAAGAGGCAUUGGCAUUGCUGGUUGAAAUGGCGGUUUUGGCGAAAAUGUUUGUGAGGGGAUGUAGGCCUAACAUUCACACCUUUACUUCCUUGAUAAAGGGUUAUUUUAUUGAAGGCAGAGUUAGUGAAGCUCUUGACUUGUGGAACCGCAUGGUUUGUGAGGGAUUUGAGCCCAAUGUUGUUGCAUAUACAACUGUUAUACAUGGUCUCUGCUCUGUUGGGAAUAUGCGUGAAGCUGUAUCUGUUUUACAUGAGAUGGAGAGAAAAGGUUGCUCUCCAAAUGUGAGCACAUAUAGCACUCUUAUUGAUGGGUUUGCAAAAGCUGGCAACCUUGUUGGUGCAUCGGAGACUUGGAACAAUAUGAUGAGCCGUGGUUGCCGUCCUAAUGUUAUAGCAUAUACCUGUAUGGUGGAUGUUCUGUGCAGGAAAUAUAUGUUUCAUCGAGCUCAAUGUCUUGUAGAAAAUAUGACUGCCGAAGGCUGUCCACCAAAUACAGUUACGUUUAACACAUUUAUCAAAGGGUUGUGUGAAGAUGGAGAAGUAGAUUGGGCUGUUAAGGUGCUCAACAAGAUGAGGGAAAAUGGGUGUUUGCCUAAUAUUAUGACAUAUAAUGAGUUACUGGAUGGUCUGUUCAAGGUGAACAGAUUCGAAGAAGCAUUUGGACUUGUCAAGGAGAUAGAUGAAAAGGGACUGAAACUGAAUUUGGUAACAUACAACACCAUUUUGAAUGGUUUUUGUCGCGCUGGGAUGACCAAAGAGGCUAUGCAGGUCUUUAGCAACAUGCUAACACGUGGAAUAAAGCCUGAUGCCAUUACAUAUAACAUACUGAUAUAUUUCUAUUGCAAGCAAGGCAGGAUAAAGACUGCUACUCAGCUUUUCAACAGCACUGGUGGAGCAAAGGAGUGGUGCCCGGAUGUAAUAGCUUAUACUAGUCUUCUAUGGGGGAUUUGUAACUCGGUAGGUCUAGAUGAGGCCCUGGUUCAUCUUGAUAAGAUGAUAAGGAAAGGUAUCUGCCCCAACAUUGGCACAUGGGAUGUGUUGGUGCGGUGCUUCUUUAGCAGCUUAGGUCAUUUGGGGCCAAUCUACAUACUGGAUGAUAUUCUUCGUGAAGGUUCUUCGUGAAGGAUAAGAACCAUGAUCUCCGAUUUUCUUGUAAGGAAUCAUCUGUUAAUCACUUAAUCCAACUUGUUGAUGAAAUGACAGAUGCUAAUCUUAACGUAAGCGUCUGCCGUGACAUCCUGUUUGCUUUCCUAUGCCAUGAGCAAGCCCGAGGACUAAUAGCACGGUAUAACACUGAACAGCAUAAGGGCGCAAAGGCCGGUGCACCAGGCUAGCUUGGAAGGUGCUCAUACAUUGAAAUCCUGUUACCUGUGAACGUCUAGAGUAUAAGCUCAUAUGCCGAUUCGUGGCUUGCAGAAGUUUCACAUGCUGUGACGCUUGGCCUUAUGGUGACUUUGUAAUGGCAAUUGUGCUCCUUGUAGACCAUGGUGAUGCAAAAUGGUUACGGCAGCAGAAAUUACUGGUUUAAGGGCAAAGGUCAAGGAAAUUAUGUUGUUGCACCUAGUAAGUAGUAACAGGUCACCGGAACCGUCCUAUGCACUUAUCUUUCCUGUAAUCCACAUGUUCUUUCGCUCUUGUCGGAUAGAAAAUGUAAUGCAUGUGAUUUGCUCAUUGUGUAUGUAUCAUGUUUGUAAUAGAAAACUUGGGAAUUUAUUCAACACAGUAUAACAAUAUAUUUUUGCUGUA